AUGAAGAUUGACAUCCACACUCACAUUCUACCAAGAGAAUGGCCAGAUCUAAAGAAGAGAUUCGGGUAUGGAGGCUGGGUGCAGCUCCAACACCAUGGCAAGGGAGAAGCAAAGAUGCUGAAAGAUGGGAAGGUCUUCAGAGUGGUCCAAGAGAACUGCUGGGAUCCAGAAGCUCGUCUUAGAGAAAUGGACCAAACAGGAGUGACUGUGCAAGCCCUUUCCACGGUUCCCGUCAUGUUUAGCUACUGGGCCAAACCUCAGGACACUUUAGACCUGUGCCAGCUUCUGAACAACGACCUAGCUGCCACCACUGCGAGCCACCCCAGGAGGUUUGUGGGUCUGGGGACGUUGCCCAUGCAGGCCCCUGAGCUGGCAGUUAAGGAGAUGGAGCGCUGUGUGAAGAAGUUGGGCUUUCCCGGGGUUCAGAUCGGCUCCCACAUCAACGAGUGGGACCUGAAUGCACCGGAACUCUUCCCAGUGUACGCGGAGGCUGAAAGGCUGAACUGUUCCCUAUUUGUGCACCCCUGGGACAUGCAGAUGGAUGGACGGAUGGCAAAAUACUGGUUCCCUUGGCUCAUAGGAAUGCCAGCUGAGACCACUGCAGCCAUCUGUUCCAUGAUCAUGGGUGGAGUGUUUGAGAAGUUUCCUAAACUGAAAGUAUGCUUUGCACAUGGAGGUGGCUCCUUCCCCUUCACAGUUGGAAGAAUCUCUCAUGGAUUCAGCAUGCGUCCUGAUCUGUGUGCACAGGACAAUCCAACCAACCCAAAGAAAUACCUUGGUUCCUUUUAUACAGACUCCUUGGUUCAUGAUCCUCUGGCCCUCAAGCUGUUAACAGAUGUCAUAGGAAAGGAUAAAGUCAUUUUGGGAACUGAUUACCCCUUCCCACUAGGUGAGCUGGAACCUGGGAAACUGAUAGAAUCCAUGGGAGAAUUUGAUGCAGAAACCAAGGAUAAACUCAAAGCUGGCAAUGCCCUUGAAUUUUUGGGUCUUGAAAGGAAACAAUUUGAAUGACUGAAUUUACUACAAAGACAAAUUUCAAGAAGACAUUUUGCUUUUGCUUUUAAAUACGUAUCACAUAU